AUGUCUCCAUCACCUCAAAUCACCCCCGCCCCGCUCCCCUUCCUCUCGACCCCCUCUUCCCCUAACAACGACGUCGAAAACAACCUCGUCCCUCGCCAAGCGUCCAUCGUCACCCAGACUGUCGUUGCGUCGACCGGUAUUUCCGCGCCAACGGGCUCGUCCAGCUCGUCCAGCAGCGCGUUCCCGGUAGCUGUGGCGGUACCGGCGUUGAUUGGUGGGAUGGCGUUGGCGCUUCUCGGCGCGUUCGGAUACUGGUGGUAUCAGCGCAGACGUACGAGGGAGCAAAAGCGUCGAUGGGAAGCGCGUCAAAAGCGUCAAAACAAAAAGCGCGGCAAUUCCAAUGCCACUUCCCGUCCUUCCAUCUCUGGAAGUCGCCCAACAGGCGGCCGAUCCGGACUCAGCGACAAGGAGAAGGAUAUCGGCGGAUUACCCGGCUCCAUCCCUCCUGUUCCUCCACUUCCCACCCUGUCCAAAGAAUACGGAUACGGCCAGCCUCAGCCGCACGCGCCCGGCGGACAGACCUACCCCGGCCAAGGUCAGGGUCAGGCGUACGGUGGUCAGCCCCAGUACGCGCACGACCAGUACGCGCAGUACGACCAAUACGGCCAGCACCCUGUUCAGCCCGGAAUUGACGCGUACGGCGCCGCCCCCGCGACAGACCCCUUCGUACCCGCCGAGGAGGACCACGUGGAGGAGUACAAGCCAAACGGUCCCGCCGCUAUCGCCCUCGCCGCUCCCGUUUCCGCUCCCAAAUCCAACUCGCGUGGCGCAAAACGCGUCGAGCUCGCAGAAAGCAAGGUGGCGCGGGAUCAGGCGGACCCAAUGACUCGGUGGCGUCCCAACAAGCCGAGUCCGCUUGCCCUUGCGGCCGAGCAGAAGCGGCUCGAGGCGGGUGGCGCUUCAUUGUCGCCUACCAGAUCUACGGGUGGCGGGUACGGCCAGCGCACAUCGCUUGAGCCACCCACCUCCGCCGGCGAGUCGAGCUGGGAGUAUCAGGAGGAAUUAUCGACGCCAAACGACCCAAAUUACUUGGAUCGUCGGUCGGUCGAGGGUGGCGCAGGGCGGCAGGUCAGUGGGGAGUGGGGAGUGGCGGGCGAGGUGCACAGCGGCGCAUCGGCCGGACCACAGUACGGUGCAGGGGCAUACGGAAACGAUCCGUAUCUCUCCGCUCACGCUGGGCAGGAGGAUGAGUCGGGCGGGUACAGGGCGCCAAGCGGACAGUACUCGGUCGACCCAUACUCGGGGUAUCAUGGCGGUGCCGCUCCUGCGGCGGGCGGAAAGGCCAAAGUAGGCGGGUGGGUAUGA